AGCAGAGAUUGCGAUGUAGGUGUAACACGAGUGGGCUCACUAAUUAACUGAGUUUGAUUCAGAUUUCCAAAAAGAUUUUUAACAAUCCAGUUCUUGAAAUCACCUAAUAUAAUAAUCUACAAUGGUAGAUCUCGUUAAAGGAUUCAGCACGGAUGCUGCAGUGGGUAGCACUGCCGCCUCACAGCAAGGAGGUCCUGGGUUCGAAUCCCCGUCGGCCGGGGCCUCUCUGUGUGGAGUUUGUGUUUGCGUGGGUUUCAUCCGGGUACUUCUCCCACAGUCCAAAGACAUGUAGGUUAGGCUGAUUGGAGAGUCUGAAUUGCCCAUAGGUGUGAGUGAAUGGUGUGUGUACCCUGCGAUGGACUGGCGACCUGUCCAGGGUGUAUUCCUGCCUUUCACCCAAUGUAUGUUGGGAUAGGCUCCAGCCCCCCUGCGACCCUGUUCAGGAUAAGCGGGUUAGGAUAAUGAAUGAAUGAAUGAAUACUUCUGAUAUUCAGAAAGAAAGAAAACUUAAUCAACUAUAUUACUUGCUGUAUUAUGUAGACUGGGUAUAAAAGUGGCGACAUUUUAACAGGAUUUUUUAAAGGAACAUGAAUGAUGGGUUUAUGUCAACAUUACAUUUUUCGGGGCCACUUCCUGAAGUCGGUGCUACAGCGUUCUCGCUUGCUAUUGUGUUCCUGACAAUAUCCUUGCAUUAUUGUCAGACCCCUUUACGUUUGUUAUUUUUUUGCUUCCUUUGAGCUCUUUAGUGUGGGUACUGGACGCGUUCCUUAGUUCAGCUCCCUCUGUUUCCUCUUAGUUGGCGGGAACGGAGGUCUUUAGCUAGGUCUUUGCCUUUCCUUCUCCUCCUUACGAGUUUGCCCAUUUUUUGUGGGUUGCUUUAUUUUGGCGCUGCUGAGAGAUUAUUCUCGCCUCCUCGUUUACUAUGAGUUUGCUCAGUUUUCGUGGGUUGCUUUAUUUUGGCACUGCUGCGAGAUUAUACUCCCAUUAAAUGUUGUUUUUUUUUCAAGCUAUAAAACAUGUGUGACUUACCUGUGCAGUGAGAACAUGCAUAAAGAUAAGACAUUGGACAUAGAACUUAAAGAAAGUGUACUUCAUUUAAUGAGCAAACAACUGGAUGCCUCUAAUGGCAAUUCUAAAAGCGCUCUCUGUCAAUUGAAGACAUGCACUAAAACUGAAAUAAUGAAUCAAGGUGAACUAUCCCUGUUAGAGGGAGAGGCAGAAAAGCCUGAUGUUAUAAUGUGGCAAACUUUUUGUGUGUGAAAAUAUUUCAGCACAAUAUGAACUUAAGACAGUUAAACAAAAUAAAUGAAAACUGAUAAUGAUUUGAUGAUAAUGUUAAAAUAAUUUAGCAGACAAAACUGGACAAAGACAGAGGGACCGACAUGGCAGCUGGUUUGGUGAGCUGUCAUCGUGGUGAGUUUUUUCUAUCUGCGCAAAAAAAUAGUAAAAAAAAUAUUGAUCAUUAAACAUUUUAAAAAAAUGUUUCAAUAUGUAGACAUUAAUUAUGAAUGGUCUGGACUGUACACGGACCCAUCAAUUUUAAUUUUUACAGAAUGCCAGGUUUGUAAACUUUCUAAAAUUUGUUUCUCUCUAACAGGAGAGGAACACCGUCUCUCAGAGCUGAGGAUUGUGCUGCUGGGGGGGAGACUGAGUGGGAAGAGUUCAGCAGGAAACACCAUCCUGGGCAGAAAGGAGUUUAAGUCUGGAAUAAGAACUGCACAAUGUGUGAAGAGACAGGGUGAAGUAGCUGGGAGACAGGUCACUGUGGUCGACACACCAGGCUGGUGGAUAAAUUAUUCUGUGAAGGACACUGCAGAGCUGGAUAAACAGGAGAUUGUGCGCAGUGUGUCUCUGUGUCCCCCGGGACCCUGUGCUCUCUUCCUGGUCAUUGAUGUGAGCUCAGCAUUCAGAGAGAAACACAGGAGAUCAGCGGUGGAACACCUGAAGCUUCUCAGUGAGAGAGUCUGGAGACACACUAUAGUGCUGUUCACCAGGGGAGACUGUCUGGGAGACAAAACCAUUGAACAACACAUCGAGACUGAAGAGAAGGUCCUCCAAGAGCUCAUAGAGAAAUGUGGGAACAGGUAUCAUGUUCUCAACAAUAAGAACAGGGCUGAUGGGACUCAGGUCACAGAGUUGCUGGAGAAGAUAGAGGAGAUGAUGGCAGGGCAUGGAGGCUCUCAGUAUGAAAUAGAUAGAAUGUUCUUACAGGAGGUAGAAGAAAAGAGGAGGGCAGUGGAAGAACGAGUGAAACAGAGGAUGGUGAAGGUUCAGAAACAGAGACAGACUCGCCAAGCACUUUUUAAGGGAGAGGAACACCGUCUCUCAGAGCUGAGGAUUGUGCUGCUGGGGGGGAGACUGAGUGGGAAGAGUUCAGCAGGAAACACCAUCCUGGGCAGAGAGGAGUUUAAGUCUGGAAUAAGAACUGCACAGUGUGUGAAGAGACAGGGUGAAGUAGCUGGGAGACAGGUCACUGUGGUCGACACACCAGGCUGGUGGAGUAAUUAUUCUGUGAAGGACACUGCAGAGCUGGAUAAACAGGUGAUUGUGCGCAGUGUGUCUCUGUGUCCCCCGGGACCCUGUGCUCACUUCCUGGUCAUUGAUGUGAGCUCAGCAUUCAGAAAGAAACACAGGAGAUCAGCAGUGGAACACCUGGAGCUUCUGAGUGAGAGAGUCUGGAGACACACUAUAGUGCUGUUCACCAGGGGAGACUGGCUGGGAGACGCAAUCAUUGAGCAGCACAUUGAGACUGAAGGGAGGGUCCUCCAAGAGCUCAUAGAGAAAUGUGGGAACAGGUAUCAUGUUCUCAACAAUGAGAACAGGGCUGAUGGGACUCAGGUCACAGAGCUGCUGGAGAAGAUAGAGGAGAUGAUGGCAGGGAAUGGAGGCUCUCACUAUGAAAUAGAUAGAAUGCUCUUACAGGAGGUGGAAGAGAAGAGGAGGGCAAUGGAAGAACAAGUGAAACAGAGGAUGAUGAAGGUUCAGAAACAGAGAAAGACUCUCCGGGCACUUUUUCAGGGAGAGGAACACUGUCUCUCAGAGCUGAGGAUUGUGCUGCUGGGGGGGAGAUGGAGUGGGAAGAGUUCAGCUGGAAACACCAUCCUGGGCAGAGAGGAGUUUGAGUCUGGAAUAAGAACUGCACAGUGUGUGGAGAGACAGGGUGAAGUUGCUGGGAGACAGGUCACUGUGGUCGACACACCAGGCUGGUGGACGACUCGUUCUGUGAAGGACACUGCAGAGCUGGUCAAACAGGAGAUUGUGCGCAGUGUGUCUCUGUGUCCCCCGGGACGCUGUGCUCUCUUCCUGGUCAUUAAUUUGAGCUCAGCAUUCAGAGAGAAACACAGGAGAUCAGCAGUGGAACACCUGGAGCUUCUCAGUGAGAGAGUCUGGAGACACACUAUAGUGCUGUUCACCUGGGGAGACUGGCUGGGAGACGCAAUCAUUGAGCAGCACAUUGAGACUGAGGGGAGGGUCCUCCAAGAGCUCAUAGAGAAAUGUGGGAACAGGUAUCAUGUUCUCAACAAUGAGAACAGGGCUGAUGGGACUCAGGUCACAGAGCUGCUGGAGAAGAUAGAGGAGAUGGUAGCCAGGAACAGGGGUCUUUCCUUUAUUUUUGGGGAGAGUGAUGAGAAAAGAAAUUAUAUGAGAAAGGAAAUUAUUGAACAGAAGAGCUUUGAGGAGGAGUGGAACAGAAGAGAGGAGGAGCUGUUAGAGAGAGUAUCUCAAAUUGUGGUUGACCCAGAGAAAGAGGGAUCCACACUGCCAUUCAUGAAGCGGAGAAACAGCUUUGAAAUGCUUCCUCCUUCUAUGAGCGGAGGGACUCCAGCCCCCUCUGAAGCAGGCAGCUCUGUGCAGGGUUAUCAAUCUGCUCAUCAACUUUCCAGUAAGAAGGUGUCACAGUGGCUGAAAAGGAGCAAAUCAGGGAGAUCAGCAUCAUCUGGAUACGGAACGAUGAGUUCUGUAGUAAGCGAAGCAGAGAUAUGUGACACAGAGACACCGGAACAGGACAGUGCCAGUGACACUACAGACUAAACACUUAUUUACCCUGCCCCCAUGUGGUAGGUUGUGUAACGACUUAAUGUUUUUCAAAACCUGCCAAAUUGUAAAUCCCCUAAUAUAAAAAUAAAAAAAAUUCAUAUUUUCAUACUUUUCACUACAGAGAUUAGUUUUUGAUCAGUUGGAACUGAAAGGCCUAUUUACAGUAAUUUGCUAGUCUAGCAUCCUGGUUCUUCCUUCCUCCUGCCAAGGGCAUAGAAUGCAUGCUUUGAAAAGGAAGUGGCAAUAUUUUUUUUUCCAGUUCAGAAGGUUCAGGAAUAAUUCAUGAGCGCAUGUUGAGGAUUGGGAGGGGGGAAUAAUUACUGAGAAUUUAACUUUGUCAGAUACUUUGGCCUUCACGGGUUGUUUUUGUUUGUUUGUGUUUUUACCCUUUCAGUCCCAAGAGUCCCGCAUGGCACUCAAGCGUAACUACCAUAAAAUCCCACAAGUGCCUUAAAGUAUACCUUAUACCUUUUCAACCAAUCAAAAUGACUGCUAUAAUAUUGUUUAGAGCCCCUCUUAAAACCCUCCUAAAUUUUCUCAACUUUCUUAACGUUCUCAACCAAAGCCAAAGCCCCUUGGUAUUUGGGUAGAGCCACUUCAUCUUGGGCUUGGGACUGAAAGGGUGAAGUGAGGUUUAAUAAAUCCUCACUAGCGUUUCAUUAAGACCGGCUGGUAUGUUCAUACCACAAAAAACAUAUGUAUUAUUCAUGAACAUUCCAAAGUCAUCUGACUGGAAAAAAAAAUUAAGCUAAUGUGUUAAAGUGGAAUCGAACCCGGCCCUGGACUUGCAGGAUUCCUGCAGCACAGGUUCUUCCCUGUGGCUCACUUUGCACACACAGGCUACAGGAUGAGAGACACUCCUCUCUGCUCUUUCCUUCAGCUGCAGUGCUCCUGGUGUGCAGGUGGUUUAAUUCAAGAAACAUUUAGAAAAUACUUUGUUUAUAAUAUUUAUCACAAUUUGUGAAUAUUUUAUAUAUAUAUGUGCUAUGUGCUUUAAGUAUUAUUAUUAUUAAGUAAUUAAUCAGUUAGAAGUAUUAGUUUCAGUAACAAUUAACUGAAAAGCACUAGAUAAGAAUUCAGUGUUCACAGGAACACAACCCCCAAUAUGAAAUUCCUUAUAGACACUGCCCCCUGGUGGAUGAAAAAGAUUUAACUUUGUCAGAUACUUUAGCCUACAUGGUUUUUGUCACUGAAGCCAAUUAAUUAUUUAAGAAUCAUUACUGAAGCUUUAAGUUAAGAAUGAAUUAGUCUACAUCUGAAAUAUGUCUGAUUAGACUACUUAAAUGUGACAGGAUAUUUCUGUUUAUACAUAGAACUUGGUAAGUCCUACAGCUUUUUAGACAAUAUACCAAGCAACGUAUCUUACUGUGCAUUUCAUCUUGAUUUGUUCAGAUUUGAUGAUAAACUUUAGCUUUAAAUACAAUUAUUUGUGUAGUAUCUGUUCAUUACAUUAGAAGUUUGAAGCAUGUGCUGUCAGGUGUGGUGUCU